AACACGAGCAAGGCGUAUUAAUCGGAGAAACCAUACGGAGAGGAAGGAUAUGUGGUUUGCCUGGUUCCGCGUGCCCGCGCCUUAUCACUGCGUUUAUUUUGGCGUUGCACGGCGUCCUGGAAGUGUUGAACGCCAACCAAGCGACUCCGCGAGAACAAAAGCGUCGCGAAUUCGCAGAGCUCCCGCGACUACGUCAUCCCGCACGCUUUCAACGAAGUUGCGGGUAGUUCUUUGCGUCUCUCGUCGACCGCUAGCCACUUCACUAGCCAACCGGCGAAAGUCACGUGCCACCUUGCCGCUUCGGUCGUCAGUGUUUGGCUGUGAGGAGAGCCGACAGCAGGUCUUUUGGUAUGACGCAUUGGGCGACGUUUGCGACCGUUCUCGCUGUCGUGCAGACGUCUCUCUGCUCGGACGACGCCGUUUCUUGCGGUGUGAAACACAACCUGGAGUCGACGCCGUUGACGAUGUACGGCGACAGCAAUGAGACAAUGACCAUCACGGCAGCGAGGAGUGCGGCAGGAAUGAAACUGCAGUGGCGUCUCAACGUUCGUAAGAGUAUGCGGAGAUUACUGAAGGUUGUCUCUAGAGGAGGCAUUUUGAUUUCUAACAUCACUGGGUUUGUCGGGAAAGCGAUCAGGUACGAGCUUGUAUUCGCAAACGACACGAGUAGGAUUUUCUACUCGAGCGGCAAGGGAUGGAUACAAAUUGGAGGAGUUCCCACAAUCCGCCUCACUUCACCUUCAAACCACAUACUAAAGCUCAUGGAAGGCGACAACGCCACCAUCUGCUUCGCACUCUCUGGCGACCCCCCACCAACACUAACUCUCAAAAAAGGUCCCCAUGUAAUACCCACCAACUCACAUUCAACAUUUCAUUUCAAGCAAUCAUGUUUAACAAUCAAUUCCAUUCUUCACAAAGAAAAAGGAUCCUACGAAUUGCUCGCUACAAACUGUGUCGGCACAGCAAAACUACCAUUUCGUCUCAAAGUCUUCGUCAAACCGAGUGUGAAACUGAAUAUGCAUGGAGUGACCGGUCACCACAACGUCGACGCAACGAAGUCGGUCGUGACUGUGGUGGUGGAUGGUAACCUGACAAUACCGUUUCGACUUUCCGGCUUUCCGAAUCCGACCAUACGGCUGCUUCAUCGUAAUUCAUCACUCGGAAAUUUCAAGCUCAACCAAUCUCACAUCACUCUUCGAAAUGUGUCGAAGUCGGAUGCGGGCGUUUAUCGAGUCGUCGUGAGCAAUAACUUGGGAGAAGCCUCGGAGAUGUUUAAUGUUCAAAUAUUACCGGACUACUCGAGUUCGGUUUCUGAAACGGGGAAAGACAUUGAGAAUACGAGUGAUUUGAAGGGAAAUGAAUCGAUUGCGACGCAUUCGACUAGAGAAACAGGCGGCAAUACCAAUACAGUGCCAACUUCGAGCACAUCAGGCAACCCUAGCAACGUGCAAUCACUCGGCUGUAAAAACUCCGACGACUCCACGGACGAAGACUGCAGUGAUGAUUCUGGUCUGCCCUGGUGGAUUCCGGUUUUGAUCACACUCAUCGUUGUCAUUGUCAUCGUCGUCGUACUCAUUGUAUUCAUCUGUCUCCAUAGCGCAAAAUACUGCGGCGGCAAGAGCACGACGAAAUGCAACGUCAACACGAAGAGCGAACAAGGAGAGAGCCCCAGCGGAUCGUGGAAGCAUGCGGCCACUCUCUCAUCUCUUCAGAGCUCCAAUAAAGGCGAAAGCGAUUAUGAUCAAAUCGCUGAAGAUGAAGAACCGGAACCCGAUCAACCUAAACCGGCCGAUCAAACCGCCGACCCUACCGAUCAAGAUGUCCACAUCGACCACAUUUACGACGAAGUGGCGCUAGAGAAGCGAGCAUCGACAUACGAUCAUCUCGCCAACUGCCAAAGUGCUGCUGCUAGUGUUCAGUACGAUGAGGUGGCCAAUGGUCCCACGGGUAACGAAGCGACUGGGCACUUGUAUGACCAUAUUCCUGGCGACGAGGACGAGAGUAAGGUCAAGGACGGAGAUGAGGAUAAGGGGAGUAUUACGAGUAAACGGAGUUAUGCGCUCGUCGACUACAAUGCGAAGAAACGACCAAAUCCCGAUGUUCAUUAUUCGUCCGUACACAGAUCUAAGACAAAUACGGCAAGGUAUGCCGAAUUGGAUGAAGAUGCUAUGGAGCAGCCGUUGCCGGCUCCCUUGCGAUACAGCGCGGUCGAAUAUGCAGACUUGAAUGAAGUGCAGCCGGCGGCGAGACAAGAGUAGUAGUCGUGUUAUAUGCGAUGAAUGUUUGUUGCAUUGUUAGUGUGGAGAGCAUGUGCAGAUGCUUGACGAUAGGGUAACAUACAGUACACUCUACAUCUAAUGUCGUAGUGUGAUUUGAAUGGUGUAAAAUUAUUUAUAAAAAGCUUUAUGGAAUGGUGAUAGCCGUAUGUUAUAUGAACUAGUGAUACCAGUAUGUAAUCAUGAUGCCGGAUGUUAAAUGAAAUAAAUUAUGUUUAAUGAAA